AUGGACCUGCUAGCUAUCCGGGCACCUGCAACGCAUUCGUCACUCGGGACUCGCCACUCGGACAGGAGUGGCAGCCUACUCACAGAAACGGCACAGUCCGGCUCAUCUGGUCUGGGGGGUUCCAAACCUGGGGACCCCUCAGCGGCUGCCAAACUGAAACCCAAUUACUCCCUGAAGUUUACUCUUGCUGGCCACACCAAAGCUGUCUCUUCGGUCAAGUUCAGCCCCAAUGGAGAGUGGCUUGCCAGUUCUUCGGCUGACAAACUGAUCAAGAUUUGGGGUGCCUAUGAUGGCAAGUUUGAGAAGACCAUCUCGGGGCACAAACUGGGCAUCUCGGAUGUUGCCUGGUCCACGGACAGCCGACUGUUGGUCAGUGCCUCGGAUGACAAGACUCUCAAGAUCUGGGAAGUGAGCAGCGGGAAAUGCCUCAAGACUCUCAAGGGCCACAGCAACUAUGUCUUCUGUUGCAACUUCAACCCACAGUCUAACCUCAUCGUCUCGGGCUCGUUUGACGAGAGUGUGCGCAUCUGGGACGUCAAGACUGGCAAGUGCCUCAAGACUCUGCCAGCCCACUCAGAUCCUGUGUCUGCUGUGCACUUCAACCGGGACGGCUCUCUGAUCGUCUCCAGCAGCUAUGAUGGGCUCUGCCGCAUUUGGGACACCGCCUCGGGCCAGUGCUUGAAGACCCUGAUAGAUGAUGACAACCCACCUGUGUCCUUUGUCAAGUUCUCACCAAACGGGAAGUACAUCCUGGCAGCCACCCUGGACAACACACUAAAGUUGUGGGACUACAGCAAGGGAAAGUGUCUCAAGACGUACACAGGGCACAGGAAUGAAAAGUACUGCAUCUUUGCAAACUUCUCUGUCACUGGCGGCAAGUGGAUAGUGUCCGGAUCAGAGGACAACUGUGUGUACAUCUGGAACCUGCAGACCAAGGAGGUGAUGCAGAAGCUGCAAGGGCACACAGAUGUGGUCCUUUGCACGGCAUGCCACCCCACAGAGAACAUCAUUGCUUCAGCCGCUUUGGAAAAUGACAAGACCAUAAAGCUGUGGCGGAGUGACACCUAAAAGCCAUUUUUAAGUUUUUAUUUGACGCAUUGCACUCCAAUGUAGGUUCUCACAUGUUUCACCCCUGUAUAAAACCGUGUGUCUGUGUACCAUUAAAGUUUGGUGGCACUCUGCCAAAGCCAA